GGUAUCUAAGUAAUCUAAAUAAUAAAAAUGUUUUACGUUAGGAAAUAGUUCAACGAGUGGGAGGAAAGAAGGAUAACGAAGAUGGUAACGCAUUGACCUUGCACAGAUAGAAUCUUAAACGAAAAUGACUCAUCGUUGUGAGUAGGUUUAUUGCAGUCCUUGUGACGCUUGUGACAGGUAUGAAUUACUUGAGAUAGAUGCGAAGGAAAUAAGCAGAGCAGGACAGUUUCUUCUUAUGGGUGAAACUGAGAGACGUUUGGGAAGAGUUCGUCUGCACAGUAGGUCAUGGAGCAUUCUCGCUGUGCUCCAGACGAGAGUGGUGAUGUAGAUCUGGACCCCAGAAUACAGAUUGAAUUAGAAAAACUGAACAGUGCAACUGAUGAAAUCAACAAAUUAGAAAUAGAAUUAGAUGAAGCAAACACAGCAUUCAGGUUGCUUUUGAAUGAAUCAACACGUCGUUUAAAACUGCUGAGUAAGAAGUUGGGGAGUUGUAUUGAGCAUGCCCGACCAUACUAUGAUUCUCUUGAAGUGGCAAAGAAGGCUCAGCUGGAGUGCCAGAGAGCAGCUGUUCAGUUUCAGAGAGCCAAUGAAAUUCAUCAGGCAGCUAAGGAGACAGUAGCCUUGGCCGAGCAGCGAUUUCUCAGCAAGCAGCACGAGUGGCAGUUUGAUAAUGCAUGGCAAGAAAUGCUUAAUCAUGCCACCAUCAAGGUUAUGGAUGCAGAGAACCAGAAGGCUGAAAGUGGAAGAGAACACCAAAAAAGGGCAACUCUCUUCAAUGCAGCUGAGCAAAAGGUACAACAGUUGGAGCAGCGUCUUCGCCGUAGCAUAACCAAAUCACGGCCAUACUUUGAGGAGAAAGCAUUGUGUCAGGGUCAACUUGCAACACAGAAAGACAGAGUAGAAGAAUUGCAGCAAGCUGUGACUAAGGUUAAGAAUGAAUAUGCAGAAUCACUCAGGGAGCUCGAAAGAAUCUCAGAAGAAAUCCAUUACAAGCGUGGUAGUGGUUGUUUACAUAAGGUCGCUGAUGAUUUGGUGCCACCACAUGGGCCACGGGAGCCUGGAGUGGGAGCAGAACUUAAUGUUUAUGACGUUUCAGAGUUCGACGGUACUCACUGUAGUGGUGGCACAGUACAGGAGUGGAAGGACUCUCAGUUAGACAGAAGUGAUGGAACAAAUAAGAUGUCAAUAUUGACUGACUAUGAGUUGGAAUUGGACCGUUGUGAUCUGCGAUCUCUAGGAAGUGUUUCUGUUGGAACAAGUUCUGCUGCAGUGAGUGAAAAGGAUGAUAGUGAAGUUGUGGAUGAUGAUGAUUAUGAAGAAGAGGAGGAUCUGGAGAUGCUGAAACAGAGAGUGCGAGAGCUGGCAGUACGACCUAUCGAUGGAGGAGAAGGGCAGAGUAGUGACAAAAAGUGGGAGAAGGAACUUAGUGCUACUGUAGACAAACUAGACAAAAGAUUACUGCAACAUGAGUCAGAUAUGGGUUUAACUGCAGUUGCUGCAGAGACAGAGAAGUCCCUCAAUGCAAACAGCAUGGAUUAGCCACACUCUUUUCAGCAACGUCGUCGUAUGUAAUUGGUAAAUGGAACUGGUUCCAGGGAAUGGAGUCCUUCCUUAGAAGAUAAUAAGUGUCCAGGGACAAUGCUGCUUUUUUUUUCUGGCUGGAAGAAACGAUGUUUCACAAUCUGUUUCAGUGGGAGUUUUUUAAAUUUAUUUAUUUCUGUCUGGAAGAAACGAUGUUAUAGGCACCACCUUACUACUUUUUCCAUUCUUAUUUUCUGAGGCUACUACAUGGAUAGUUUGCACACUGGUGAAUAGUUCCUCAGAGUUUAAGAGGCACCUCAAGUUUUUCAGCUGGAAAGAAAAUGUGGAAAAAUUGGUGUCUUAUAUUCUAAGUAAUAGUGUAUAUGGGUAUAUGAUAACUGCAAACUCUCUGAAUUUUGUGCCUGUAACUAUCAAGAUUGGAUAACAAAACAAAUUUAGCAACCUGACCCUGAGUACAUCACAUUAACAUGUGCUCAUGAACAAGUAAAAGGAAAUUAAAUUCAUAUUGAAACUGUGAACAAGGAUGAUACUAACGCUUCCUUUCUUUAUGUAUAAUAACCUUACUUAUUAUGUAAUGUAGGUUAUGUGAGAUGAAUGAGCACUUAAAAGGUCAUGAUUCUGAUCAGGCAUUUUGUUUCCUACUGUAAACUUCUUCCUUUUAAACUGGCUGUUUCUUCAGUGAGGAUGAGUGGUUUUAUUCUGCUUCCAGCAGUUGAUCCGGCACACAAUGUGAUCACCCAGAUUGUACAGACUGCAGAACAUUUCUACUUUUAUUUGUCAAAGGAUCUCUUUUUGUGGUUUUCAUUAUCCAGCCAGAUGAGGCCUUUAAGCCCUAACAGGACAGAUUCUGCUAGGCAUGCUGCAGUGUGACCUGAUAAAUACUCAGACACUGGUUAUCUGUUAUGUGUAAUUCAUAUUUUGAUGCAUGGUAAAGUAAUGUGGGAAAAUGGAUUUCCAUGACAUGGUUUUCAUGAGUAUUAUGUUUCUCUUAUUCAACUUUACAAACCAGCUUGACCCUUCUUGGAUAAGCUAUGAUUCUAGGUGUUACAAGAGAAGAUUUAAUGUUCAAAGAACAAUUUUGAAGGCUGUCAGGGUAAUGGUUUGGAAAUGGCUCAGAUUUGCAGUAGAGCAACAGUAUAAUGUACUCUCCUUCCCUCCCCCCGAUUACUUAAUUUGGUUUGCUUACAUAACAUUAGUGAAUUUAUAUUUUACAGUUUUGAAAUUAUAUCUCUUUUGCAUUGUGUGUUAGGGUUUCUUGAAAUCUUUAGUUAUGCUAAGAAUCUGUGAAAAUGUCCAAAUUUUGGACUGAGUGCAGUACCUAAAGUUUUGAAAUUUCAAAGAACAGAUUUCGAAUAUAGUGUUCCUUAAUACUGGAAGUUAUUUUUAUUUCUUUUUGUUCAAGUUAUAUUUCAAAUUAAAAUUUUCAGUAAUUUUUAUUCAUGAAAGUGUCAAGGAAUCUUAUAAACUAAAAUUUUACAAUAAUUAAUAGAAAAUAUUUUAUUAUUUAAUGAUAUUUGAAUUACAUGAAAGAAAUGUUUGGUUAAGACCUAAUUUUGAUCUUCCCAUAUAAUGUGAAUACUUAAAGAAUAGAAUGUUAAAACAAGCUUGUAAAAUCGCUGUGCCAAAAAGAUCUCCAUGUUUGUGUAGAAGAACUAACCAGUGAUAAUUUUUGUGUUUUAUAUUGUUGAUAGUAUCUUAGAUUUAAUUUAGAUCUGUGUCAAUUUUUUAUCUUUGUUUGAUGGUUGGUGCCCAAAUUCUGCAGUGUACUUAUCUGUUAGCUGUAUUCACCACAGCAUGUUUCCCUCAAAUCUUCUAGAAUUGUCAUGUUGAUCAGAACAUCCUAAAAUCACAUACUUUAGAAUAAGGGUGCAGUAUACUUAGAAACUUCUAUCACAAAAAUGAUAUAUAAUACAUUUUUGCUAUAUGUAUGUGUUGUAACGGACGUUUUGUGUUUCACCAAUAACAGACUUCAUACAACACUGUAAAAUUAGUUGGAAAAAAAGAUGUUGAAAUAAAGAGAUCUGAUAGAAUCGCAGAAAAAAUUGUUCAGAAAUAUCAAUUUAAAGAAAGAAUGUGCUCAGUAAGACCAAUAAAAUGAGUAGGAGUGUAGUUAAUAUCUAUAACAUGCCAAGUAGACCUAAUAUUGGAAAUUGCAUGGCAGUGUCAUGAUUACUGUGUAUAUUGGCUUUUGUCACUGGUGGCAUUCUUUUGUUUUGAUGGUUAUACAAGUUAUAUUCAUCCAGAGGCAUAUAUUCAGAUGAUAACAUGCCCACAUAUUUUGGAGCUGUAUCAUGUAUUGAAAUGUAUUUUUCAGUAAUCAAAAUUUGUAUGAAUUUUUAUGGGCAUAGGGGAGUUGUGAAGUUUAUGUUUAACCAUGUCAUUAUGGUGCCACUAGACCAAAAUAUGGCCCAAAUAUUCAGUAUUCUGAUUUCAGGUUAUCAGUAUUUGUCUUACUGAAUAAUUGACUCUUAGAUAAUACUUAAAACUUCGUCAUGCAGCAAAACAGGUGAGAGGAUGAAAGCACUUGCAUUUAAAGACAUGAAACUGCUGCAUGAUAUGACUGGUAAAAGUACAGCAUGCUUUCUAAGAGAGCCACUAUGAUAGCUGGAUAUUGGCAACCUAGAAUUGGUUAUUUGCUCAAACUCUUGCUAAAGAUGUGUUUACUGUGUGUUAUGGUCUAUUUGCAAUAAGAAAUGAUGAUGAUGAUGAUUAUUAUCAUCAUCAUUAUCAGUGUUUGCUGGCCUUAAGUUAUAGUUUCAGAGACAAGAACAUAUGUGUUACAUUUGUAUUCACCAUUCAGCAGUGUCUCCCCCAAAGAGCCACAAGGAUUAAAGAAGUUUCUUAUUCUUAAUGCUGUUUAAAUGAAGGUUCCUCCUACCUGGAUGGAUGUGUGUGUGUAUUUGUGCGUGUACACAUCUCUGUGUAUAUCUGACUACUUUUUGUUUUUACAUAGAGGAAUUUCAUAUUUUCCUCUAAAUUUUUCUUUGAGGGAGUCAUGCCUUUAGAAUGAUUAUUUGAGUAAAUUGGAGUACAGUUAUGCUCUUAUUGUGUAUAACAAAAAUUUGCUGACAUUAAGAAUUUGUAAAUUUUAUAAUUUCUGACUAAAUGAAGACUCUGUAAAGCACAGUUUUUAUAUUAUUAUAUACUGCAAUUAGAAUUCAGCACUUUCAUAUAUCUCAUUUCUUAUGGGACUCAGACUGUGUUAGUUACUGUGUCACUAUUCGAAUAUAGGAAAUAUGCAUCAUACAUGACCAUAAAUAUGUUGUUAUGCACCAGGAUGCAAUGAAAGUUUAACAAAAUACACAUUUAAUUAAAAACCAAUAUGAGACCGAAAAUAUAAUUUUUAUAUGUGUAAUUGUUUGGUGUUAGUGUAGUGAAUUUUGCUGUUGAACAAAGAAUGAGAAACUGCACUACAUAGUCGAGGAGGCUUGAUGACUUGUAACUGUACACUGAAAUCAGUAUAGGAUGUUCUCCAUUUUAAACAGUUUUUAAAUCUUAACUCUCUGCCCAUUCCAUAUAAACAUUAAUAUGUGGUUCUUUUGGUCCAGAUUUCUUCUUGGGGGGAUUACAUUUCAUCUGAGAUUUUACUACAUGUUAUUACUUUAGAAGGGAUGGGGCACUUUUAAUUUUACUACAGUCUGCUGUGUUGCCAAGGACUGAUGUUGUUAUUUCUAGACAUGACAUUUUUAAGAACCGAGUUUGUUUCUGUGCCACACAAAUUCAGGUUGUUUACUCACAAGGCAGAAACACGUUUUUAAGUGCCAUUUUUUAAAAUGUAGGUUUGAUCUUUUAUUUCUGGUAUUAUUUUUUCUAAUUGUCAGUUCAGUAGGCAAAUGUGUGUAUAUUUGAAAUGAGCUGAAAGCAGUUUCACUUUCAUUGUUGCAUUUCUUUCCCAUUUUUUGGGAAACUGUUAUUACCUGUCAUCACUGUUUCAAUAUAUGUAGAUGUAUAUAUUUGGUUAUUUUAUGAUGCUGUAGUGACUACUGAAGUCAAGUAGUAUCAAGUGAGGUAAGGUAGAAUAGUUAUGAUAGGAAGGAUGUAGGAAUGGACUAGGCCUGUUUUAAGGCAUGAGCCUGACAUUCACCAAGGGUGGGAGGUUUAUGAAAAACUUCAGUCAAUGUAGCCAGCAUUUUUUUUUCAUGCCAGUUAAUGUAUAUUCUUUUUAUGCACUAUAUUGUCAUGUGUAAGGGGGUACGCGUGACAAAAAUGGCAGGUUAUAGGUCGGAUAAUGGAUUUAUUAGGCGUCUCUAUUACAGUUACACUUGCUUAAAGUAGUUAACACAUUUAACUCCUUGCUAAUGAAUCGUUCAGUGUUGUCUGGAUCUUGCACUGGUGUCUAGCCUCUAGUCUCCUUCUUCUCAGUAUGACUGUGUCUCAUCUCUGUGUCUGACUCCUGCCUCUUUACUUAACCUUUCAGCCAACUGAAUAUGCCAUGCUGUUCCCAACAGUUAAUCUUAUUAUGUCCCUGCGUUGCUGUGCUUUGAACGAUUCGUUGCCUUGGAUAUCGGCUUUCAGUAGUGAAAGUUAUACUGCAUGAAUCAAACCCUAGUAACUGAAGCCAUUGUACUGGGAAAGUGCCCUGUUAAUACUCGAUGCCGAGGGAAUCAACAUCCAGUCUGACUCUUCUAUUGUAGCAGAAGGAAAACUGGAAACAUUUGUAAAAUUCAUACCAGUUAAAAUUAUAUAUUGAAGACAGUGGGUAUAAUUACAUGACAUGUUGAUUGAAUUUGACUAUGUUCACUGAAAUUGUAAAAAUGUAAAUGCUUCAUUCUGAUAUCCAAUAGAGCACAACAAACAUUACAAAUCACAAGACUAAGUUUCGGAGUAUGUAGCUCUAUGAAGACAUUCUAGAGGUCCAUUCAAAGAAUGUUAACUGCAGUUCACAUUUAAUAUGCAAAACAUUUCAGUUAUGUUCAUAUAAUAUGCAAAAUGGAAAAGUACAUUAUCGCUGUUAACAUUUAAAAUAUGGAGGAACUGGAGAUUGUGGUCUACUGAGAUGUGAUGCUGCGUAGUCUGGUAGAUUGCUACCAGUGUUUUGGAGGAACUUGCUACAUCCAUCCAUCUUCAGUGUACAAGAGCAAGCGAAGCAUGGAAAUAAGUGAUCCUAAUAUUGGGAAAGAGAACCAGGACCAGAGCUGUGGGCUGUCCAAUAGGAGAUGGUAGCACCAAGAAGUGACAGUUGUGCUAAGGGCGAAUGUAGGGGUAAAAUGUAGGAGGAGGGAAGUUGAACAAGAAUUUGAAUCAAAUGAAUAAAGAAUAAUAUAAAUUGGUAGCGUGAAAGAAUUAAGAUAUAUAGGACCACAUUUUCAAGGCUCAGCAUACUAUUUUACCCUGAAGAUGAAUACAGCAGUUCCUUUGAAAUGUUGGUAACAAUCUACCAAACUGCAAGGUGUCACAUCACAGAAAAUGGUAACUUUAACUAACUGCCAUAAGAGCCUCAAAUCUCAUAUGGAGACAUUAUUCAUUUUGAAACCUCUUCAGUGUAUGUACUUAUCCUUGCCGACUCAGUUUACUUUUGGCAUGUGUGCAAGGAAAGUUGCAAAAAUUUGCUUCUUAGCUUCAUGACAUGUCUUGCCAUCCAUCUGCUUGUAACAGCUUGAGAAGCACUGAGCAGAUUUUCAUGAAGUUUGAUGUUGGGGAGUUGUACUAAAAUUUGUCAACACAUUCCAAUUUUGGUUAAAAUUUGACAACAAUAGCAGAUACUUUGUCAACUUGCUUUUCUGUGUGCAUCACAGAUGGACUUUGUAAAUAUUCAUUGACAUUUGAACAAAAGUUACAGAGAAAAAUAAAGCAAACAUUUGAUGGCCAGCAGCAUGUUUUGCUAUAAGUCAUAUUUUUUAAAUAAUUAAACAUGGAUAUGUUUAUGCUUCUAAAGGUAAAACCAGAGUAAAAUGCUAGAAUUGUUACAUUGAGUACAUUUCACAGCUUGUGAGAUUUGAGGUUCUCACAUCAGUGAUUAUGAAGAUCACUGUCUUCUGGAACGUGACACCAUGUAGCCUGGUAGAAGUGUACCAGCGUUCUGGAGGAGCAUACUGCUUCCAUCUACGGGGUUGAAUCGUAAGUCAGGAAAGCUAACAACAAGGAGACUGUGCUUACUGAUUGCCUGGCUUAUUCUGUCCUGAAGAUGGAGGCAGUACAUUCUUCCGAAACACUGGUAAAUUUCUUAAAGACCACACCACAUUGCAUACCAGAAAAUAGUACUGCUAUUCAUAUCCUAACUUGUUUGAGAAUAUAUUCUUUGUGUUGAGACAGUUGUUUAGUUGCAAAAUGUUGUUAUAUGGAAUGUGAAUACCCUUAAGAUGUAUCUUAUUUAACAUCAUAUAAAGGGAUGUGUAUAUUUUUGUAAUUCAUGUAAUAUUACUGAAUUUAACUCUCAUAUUUUCCUUUUUUUAUCUUCACAUGAAACACUUGUUUCAUUAUCCUGUGAAUAGUUAUAUUUGAAAUAAAACUGUUGCAUGAAAUCUA